UCUUGUGACAUAGCUUUCUUAAGCUACACUGUCCAGAAACACCUAAAGACAUGAAUUCCCAUUUACACCACCAAUCACAGAGCCAUGGCAACCAUGCUCUGAAACCCAGAAAGAAAAGGCUUGCUAGAGACCAACUUAGGCUCCUGGAAACAAGUUUCAAUGCCAACCAGACGCUGAAAGCAGAACACAAGAUCGAGCUUGCCAGCCAACUAGGACUGACAUCAAGACAAGUUGAAAUAUGGUAUCAAAAUAGAAGAGCCAGAAACAAAAAUAAUGCCAUUGAGCAUGACUACAAGAAUGUCCAGCUAGAGCUAGAUAAUGUAAUGACAGAAAACACCAGGCUCGAGAAGCAAGUUAGCACGCUUAAAUAUGAGCUGAACAAGGUUCAGCAAAUGAUACUUUUUGGAUCAACCACAUCUGCUUCAGCUCUCGCUUCUGUUUCAGGAUAUAGCGAUGAGCAGGCAAACUCAACCUCUCCAGGAAACAUGAUAUGUAAUUGGAGAGAUGCUGGAAAUGAUGAAAUCUUUCCUGUAGAAGAGCUAUAUACUUGUUUGACAGGCUCUGGCACUCAGUUAUGGCCUCUUAGCUGAAUCAGAGGAUACUCAAUCAUGAAACAAAUGAUGACAGUAGAAUUUAGAACUUCUGAAGUUCUUCCUGCUAAAAUUAGGUUGUUUGUAUUUCAUGGUCAAGCCAAGAAAUUUUAUUCAAUGUUGAAGCUUAAGACAA